AUGGCUGCUGGGAUUUCUUCAAACCUUUCCCGAGUUGAUCCUUCGCGGUCGAAGUCCAUAGACGCUAUGUUCGAGGAAUUUCAAGCAGAAGUAACCAAAGAAGCUGACACAUUACAAAAGGUCAAUUCUAUGCUCAGUAACAAGGUAUCAUCGGGUAGCUCAGUGGUUUCAAACGAUUCGUUGGAACCGCUACUGGUGCCUGAUGCCCAAGGUCGUUUACAGUUCGGUGAUCCGAAGAAACGCAACAAGCGCACCACUCGAGCUUUAGUCACCGUUUCAGGCUUGACCCAGGCGAUUCGCAAACUCGAGGAGAAGAUUCAGCAUAUGUCGCCAUCUCACAACAUGACAGAGAUACAUGAAACUCUAUGCGUAGUAGAGGACGGAUCAGAAGUUCUUCGUCACCAAAUUUCCUUCGUCACCCGUUCUGCCAUUUCCGAAGAGGUCACAAAGGCGAGAGGGAUGCUGGAUGCAUUGGAUCAGACUACUAGAAAGUACUUCUUUGAUCCAGUCCGGGAGAUGGAGGUGCCGCCGCGACGAUGGAGCAGCGUAGUCGGAUAUGUUCCACAGCCAACAGACGAGAAUCGACUAUCUUUAUUAGACUGGACUCACCUCUCUCCCGAACAUCGCGCCUUUCGCCAAACUAGGCUAGAGUCUCUGAAACUCGAAAUUACUGCUGAUAGUCAGAAGGCUCCCGAAACCUUGUCAAAGAAGAAAGUAUUAUAUAGGAAAAUCCAUAAGCAGAAGUGGAACGUCAUUCUCUAUAUAUGCGACAAUUUGGCUAUAUUUCCUGAUGAUAGAUGCCCACAACAUCGGGCUUCUUCAAAAAUCACAAAAGCUAAUGUGACGAAGGAACAAUUGACUAAUAUACUGAUAGAGUGGCGUAUCAAUGGGAUCCAAGAGACAGAUGAUUUUGUAUGGCCCUUCUUCACGCCAAAAAAUGUUCCACCCCCUGUCACGCCAUGGGCCCGUGCUCCCAAUGAUCCUAUAGUCACGACCCGCAAACUUUCUCUGCAGGAAUGCUCGGAACUCCUAACGGAACUCAGCAAAUCCAUGAAUUUCACUUCUGCAUUGGCCAUUGGCAAUAUCCAUCGGGUUCUUCAACAACCAUUAGCUCGAGGUGAACCAGAAGACGAACUUCGGAAAGUCUUGAAGAAAUUCCCUGGGGAUUCUUUGGCAUUUGUUUGCAUAGACAUUGAGCGUCUCCCUGCCGGCAAAUUUUCUAAGGAUGAUAUGGUCAGGCAACUGAUGAUUUGGAGGAUGACGAAGCCACUUGAGCAAUUGAAUGCGACGGAUGUGGAUUCUUCAAGUCUUUUGCAGAGAAUUCAGCAAGUUGUCCGCGAAGUUCAGACCCCAACUUGGGUGUCAAACCCACCUCGAAAUGUUGGGCUGCCUGAGGCCACUCCCAGUGGUACUGUAACACCUGUUGUAACAUCGGGUCUCGUCAUCAGUAAUUUCAGGCAACCAAUCUCAAAACCUGCCGUUGCAACAUCGAGGCUAUUGGAUUUACUUGGAACAAACCCGUAUGAGUCUCUCACUCGUAUUCCUGCACCUAAAGGUGAUUACACAAUUCCAAUUGAGGAUGCGUUAGGCAACAGCUUCAUCUGCUUCCGACCGGAAGCCAAAUACCAACCGGGACAAGAGUGGCUUGCAGGCCAGAUUCAACACAUUUUCAGACGAGAGUGCAAUGGUUCUAUUCAGUUUGCAGUCUAUAGAAGUCAACCUGCGUGCGUCACAGAUCCGUUUUCCGAUUACUGGGAGGAUGGUUUCGAGGCCCAAAUAGUCUCUUCGAAAUUUUCCUGCGACCUUGAAAUUGUAGACCUGGAUCAAGUUGCUGCACACUGCGCGAGAUGGGCUAUAUCUGAUGAUCUUGUGGUGGCCGUCAACCUGUGCUCUGUGAGGAGUCAUGUUGUUUAUUGUUCGUUCAAUGUCGUUAACACAUUUGCAGGAUUGAUUUCAUGGUCUUUGUUGUUGCUCAUUGCCCGUAUCAUCAAAAUUACUAUCUCAGUGGCAGUUAAGACUACAUAG